GCGCGCGGCAUUUGUAACGCAAGGAUGACACCGAGUACAGCAGGACUCGUCUUCGCGGUUCUACUCACUGGUGCGACAAUCAUUGUUGCACAAAACAAUGGGAGAGUUCACGGCUUGGACCUACUGCGACUCCUGGCAGAGAAACCCUGGGAACCGCACAAGUGGGAUCCACGAAGCGAGGACUUAACUUAUGACGUACAAGGCAACAAUCUUCCCCGGGAUUUUGACGAUGAUCAACUAAGGUCAGGGUCGGAGAAGCGGUCGGCGGUGGCCACGGUGCUGAAUGGUCGCCGUCGACGGCAACCGGCGCCUGCGCUCGGUAAGGCCGUCACGCCGUAUGUCGGCGUCGGUGUGCUCAACGACGUGGGCUCAUUCUUCGAUACCCUGCGUGACAAUCUGGAAACUCUCGCGUCCCUGUCUCCAGAACAAAGGUCAUCCCUGUUCCAGCAACCGCCCACGGUCGUACAAGCCCAGGCUGCAGGUGGUGGUGGCGGCGGUAUGAGAAGGAUUCACGCUCUCCGACCUUUGAGACCUACUGGCAACAUCAGGCGUUCAGCGGCUACCCAGCAGCAAACCAUCAUGACCCUGGGUUGCUGUGGACUGGUCUGGGCCGGUAGACGAUUCACCAGGAUAUUGCUCAAGCUGUUUGAGCCGUCUGCCAUUUGUUACGAAUCUUCUGUGAUCUAUCAAUCUCUAACUCUUCAAAACUACCAUUUAUGUAUUGUUUUUUAAUUAUGCUUAGGAUUCGUUUAUUUUAUGUUUUUGUUUCCCUAACACAGUUUCUGUGAACUUAAAAGGGAAAUCCUUUAAAUUAUGAUGUGUGUGCGUUUAGACUUUUGAUUUCAGUCCGUCAUAAUUUUCGGGUUUUUUUCUAAAUUUCAAAAUGUUUAUCUCGUUUCCGAGAGGUUGCUUAUAUUUCAAAUCAGUAAAUAGAUACUCGCCCAUUCUCUUACAUACCUACUAGGUCGUCUGUUACAUCGAUAUAAUUAAGUUAUUUUGAUAAUUAUAUAAUAUUGGCACACAUUUAUACAAAUUAUUAAGACCCAAGCUAGGCACAGCUUUCCUGCAUAACAUACUUAAGCACAUAAUAUACCUAAACACAUCCAUGACUCGUAAACACCAGUGGAAGGCUCCUUUCCGCAUGAUGCCGGCUAGUUUAUGGUUACCGCAACGGCGUGUUUUUCUGCCGUGAAGCAGUAAUGUGUAAGCAUUAUUAUGUAUCGGUCUGAAGGACGCCGUAGCUAGUGAAAUUACUGGGCAAAUGAGACUUAACAUCUCAUGUCUCAAAGAGACGAGUGCAAUUGGAGUGCCGUAGUAAUUGUUGUUGGUAUUUCAAGAACUUUCAUCGGCACUGCAGUGUAAUGGAAAGGGCGUAUCAAUUACCAUAAGCUAAACGUCCUGUUUGUCUCGUCCCUUAUUGUCAUAAAAAAAAAACAUUCAUACUCUGUAUGAUAUAAAUAUUUGAACCGGGGUUUUAACGCAGCAAAGUACUCCGCUUUUCCCCGUCCUCGAAGGCUGUACUGACGUCGGGGCGGAUCCUAGGCGGACUGUGAAAUAUUUCGUCAGUACAAACGGCUUUCGUCACUUUGUAAUACGCCUGAUGUGAAGGAGAGAUGUUAUCCAAAUUCAAAUAUUUCUUUUCUUUUUCAAAUUCAAAUAACUUUGUUCAAAACAGAAUUCAAAAUCACUUAUUGAACGUCAAAAACUACGAUCCAUUCAAAAUAGACUGCCUCAGACCUGAGAAGAACGGGCGCAAGAUACUCAGCGGUCUUUUUUUUAUAAAAAUAUGGGUUACAAUGUAAUAUCCUACAAUAAACAUUAAUAAUUACAGAGCCUGCCAGAGAUGUCCGCUUCAUUACCAGUCUGUGGUAUUAUUCCUUAGUAAUUUUUUCCUUAGUCGUGUGUUCACUGUCCGAAUCAAAUCUGAACCGAAUACGUGUUUUACAUUGCUGCUGAUUGACCAAGAAUAUCUUAAGCAACUAGAGUAAAUUCCGCAAUGUAUAGAUAUAGCAGUCGAAGCUUAUUAUUGUGCAUUUUGUGAUAUUAUGUUCCAUAUUUCAGCUUUCUUUUUGACGACGUGAUUUGUCUUUAUGUAUAGAACGUCACUGGAUGAGAGAAUGGAUAAAAUUCAUUAUUAUGUUCUUAUGUCACCGAAGUUUAACUGUUAGAACACUGUUACCACUAAUACUGCUAAAACAAAUUCCUUUAUGGUACCCAACCAUUAUUGCAACCUUUCGGAAACGCGCGACACAUAUUGAUUUUAUUCAAUAAUGAAUUUUUAUAGUACCUAAGGUUUAAACUUAUAGCUUAAACACAUGGUCGGACUUGGUACGGAAAGACCAUCGGACAGUCUGGUAGGCGCCGCGCACCAAUUGGUCCGGCAUCGUACUCGGUACGGUCCGGACAGUAUUAUUAAACAUUUUCUGCGAUUGACCAUCGAAUAUUAUCCACUACCAGACCAUGUCCGAUGGGUUGGCCCAGUGUUGCCGUUCCAUAAGAUUCGAAGUGUCUAGACAGUCUCUAAAUUUCCUACAGAUUAUGAAAAUAACACACGUAUGGAAUCCGCUAGAUGUCGCUAAACUAUCAUCAUGUUUAGCUGAGUAGUACCUUGAAAAGAAAAAUCUGUAUUUCUUGUUUAUAAAUUUAUAUUUACAUAUUUUACAAUUAUUAUUAGGUAAUAACAGACAAAAUAAAUAAAAAUCGACUUGAAAUCAAAUCUUUAUUUUAAUUUCUGGAGUUGGAAGCAAAUUGGAUGGGAUUUUUAUACAUUUAACAGAAUAUUAAUUGAGAUGAUAUCCUAUUGUUACAAUGUAAAUUGUAAUAAGGCCGAACUUCGGCCGUACCAAAUCCGAUCAUGUGUUUAGGGUAUAAAUUUUUAAAAUUAAUUUAACAUGUUAUAGUAUUCACAAGUAUCUUAUUUCAUAUUAUAUUACAAAUAUAUUUAUAACAUUAAAUAAUACGUAAGUUAUUAAAUAAAUUACAAGUAAUAUAUUAUAAUCUAUUGUUAUAUUGCU